AACAGUCGGUCAGCAAACGUAUGUGCAUGCACGUUAGAUCAUAGACUCGCUCCAUGGUCCGAUCAAGAUUGGUGCUGCCGGAUCGGACAUCAGCGCAGCUGAGUGACAAUCUUAUGGAAUCAACCGGAGCCAUUGCGAAUCAGCGAACGGAGGGUAUACAUAACACUUGCUGCCAUGCCCGCUGGAAAGGUGGACUGGAACAAGUCGAGUUGUUCGCAAUGUGCAUUGUACACACGGCCUUAGACCUUUAUUGUGGGUACGUGGAUGUAUGACUAUGACACGAGGUCAUUCUUCUGAUCUGUACCGCUAGCGCUACACUUGCUGUUCGCAUGAUGGAGUUACCAGACGUACACAACGACAAGAACACCAUGUUGGCUUGCUACAUCUAGCAUUUUCAUUCACAAUUCUGGUAAACAGGUUGUUAAUGGUUCAGUCAAGAUGGCCACCGAGCACGCUUAUAAAGUCCUGUUCUUCAUGCAGUCUGCAGCCUUUAUCCUAUUCAUCAUCAAUUACUUUCAAAUGUCCACGGUUGUGGUUACACCUGUUGGGAGGUUGAGCGCUAAAAAAACCUGUGAUUGCAAACCAAUUGGUACAAGAGAAGUAUUUAACAUAUCGACAUAUGUUUGCCCGAACGGGCAACCGCCAAUGCAGGUCCGUGGACAACUAUCCAAUUGCACAUUGGCUGACAUCAAGAAGAGACCCGGCGUGGUUAUGCUGACUACGGCAAAUCUCGCUUACGCGGACGUCGCGCUGAACAUGCUGGAGAGCGUCAAGAGGAUUGGAGUUUGCGUCAACACAACAGUCAUCGCAGAGGAUCAGAAGGCUUACGAUCUGUUGCUCAAGUAUGCCAAGGGUGACCCAGCAAUUUAUGUUCAGAAAACCAACUCAGGGGAAAUGGAUGCAAUAGAGCCCUCUCGUCGUCUUGGCAGUCACUACUACGGGAUAAUGAACAAACGCCAGGCCUACAUUUUGACUUUAUUAGAGCAAGGCCUGGAGGUUCUGUUUUCCGACUCGGACACGUUUUGGUUUCGCGAUCCCUUUCCAUACUUUCAAGGAGACUUUGACAUAAGUCUCAGGGGCUUCACUAAAACCAGAAUAGUUAGCAAAACUAAUUUCUGCGCUGGUUUCAUUUACCUGAAACCGACCAAGGCAACCAUCCAGUUCGUAAGGACGUGGGUCGAACUUAUGGAUAACAACAAGAAAAAGGGAUCAUUCACGCCUGAUCAAACGGUGAUGAACGGACUACUGAGGGCUGAUAAGCCCGGACACGUGAAUGUCAGAAUGCUGGACGCGGACCUGUUUCCGUGGGGGCCAACAUUUUUUGACCCAUCAUGGCAAAAGCAGAACCACUCUACAGUAGUUAUGCAUGCCGCUAGUAUACGCGGUCACCCAGCGAAACUGAGCAAAUUCAACGAAUUUGGCAUGUGGCUUGUCAAUGUCACCACUUCACCAGGCUCAUGAUUGAAACCCAAAUGGAACCUGAUUCAGAACUGGAACUGGUUUUGUUAAGCAGGUUCGAUUUCUUGUCUAAUUUCAGUAGCGUGUGAAAUUGGAACUGCAGCAGGACGCGGGGUUGCACCAUUCGCGUUGUUCAACGUCCUACUUUGAUCCUGAAUAACUCUAUUGUUUACCAAUAGAAUUAAACCAUAAUUUCCAAUCAAUAAAACAAUACAUGCCAAAUUUUAUGGAGCGAGUUUCAUCGUGUCACACCAUGGGUCUGUUUUUCCCAAUGCGGACAUCACAGUGGAUAGUUCUGACUGGGGUGAUACCACGAUAGAACAAAUUACUCUGUUAUGACACCAAGAGUUUGCAAUGAAAAUAUAAAUAAUUUAAUUAAAUUCCAAAUGCCUACUUACAAAAAUUCUGGAUUCGUUUUAAUUCCUAAAUAUUAAUACUUUAAACCCACCACCAUUUAAUUAUGUACAUCAGUUCCACGCUCUGCCUGAAGCUUUCGGCUGCAGCACGCGCCUUCUGCCCUCAUAUCCAGCGCUUUAUCGACAUUCUGAAAUUGAGUAUUGUUUUCGUAUGGCGUUUAAAUAUCACCCUCUUGCACAACGCUGCUGAAACUAGCUCCAUAAAAAUUGGCAUGACUUGCUUACAUGCUCUGAAAUUUUGGUUUAAUUCCAUUCGUAAACAACACAGUUAUUAAGGAUCAAAAGUAGGACACGAUUUUUAUAACACGUAGUAUGUGUGUACAUGGAUCGGACAUCAUCCCCAUUUUACGUUCUUUCCCGGUUUGUUAUUUACGCAACUUUGAAUUGAAUUUAACAGAUGUGCCUUGAACGACCUUUUAUUAUUUACUUACAGAUUUGGACAUGGCCGGCAUUCACAAAGAAAUCUUUUCGUUUAUAAGUAGAAAAUAAAAGGGGCAAUUUAU